UGAAGUCGUUCACCCUUCUCUUGCUUAUUUAAGCUGAUGAUUUCAGUUCCAUACAGACAUACGGUUUAUCUUUUGUUAUUUGAAGUCGUCAGUAAGACAAAAUGUUCUCAAUUUUUAAGAUAUUUCGUAUUAAAACAUGUGAUUGGUGGUUAAUGAAAAUCAAUGAAAUCCAUCAUUUUUUGUUCAACAAAGGUUUAGAAGGUGAUUGCUUUUGGUUGCUGGACGUGUUGUUGUUGCUUGGAGGCAUCGAGAGCACAUGGUCGUCAAGAUGGAAAGGAAAGCAACUCGUUCGCUAUUUUACAAAUGCAUUAUUCACGUUUCAAACAAUAGUAUUCAUACUUCAAUUCCACCAGGCCAUGAUUGACAAGCAACAGAACACCGCAUCAGUUGUACUGCAAGUAAUAAAACUUGCUGCCAUUUCCGUUACAAUUUUAAAAUUGGUCGUCCUAAUUGUUCUAACGAAUUCAAUUGCGUUAGUCAAGAUAUUUGUCAGUAGUAGCCAUGUAAAAUCUGGAAAUGAUUCUUUUGACAAAAUCGAACAAAUGAAGUUAAAACAAUCUUCAAACAUUAUAAUGGGCGUUGUUUAUGUCCUAAUCAUCGCAGAAACUAUUUUCCUUUCAAUCCCGAAUAAGGCAACUGAAAUAGCUUUCAGUGCACCUCACGCGCUAGCGUGGACUAAUAAAUAUGGAUCAGCAAUUUUCCAAUUUCUAAUCAUAAGUCUUUUACCGAUCGGUACAUAUCCAAGAUUCUUUAGUAACAUUACAACUACAGCAAUUCUACUCCUGGGAAUGCGAAUGAAGUUGAAAAUGUUAGCUCAUCGGUACGAACGAAUGUUGAAACUGUGCUGUCUUGAGGAUGACUAUUAUUAUGACUGCUUGAGGAGAGAACUAAAGGUGGCGUUGAAGCAACAUAUGGAGUAUUGGCGAAAUUUGAGAAUCAUUAAGGAUUUGGUAGGAAAAAUGUUUUUUGUAGUCCAUUACUUUGCAAUUUUUAGUAUUGGAGCCUUAUUCUACAUUUCGAAAGACAUUGGGUUGAACUUCAUGUCGUUGGCAAUCGUAGGAACCAUCCUAUUUAUGCUCCAGGAAUAUUACGUUUGGUGUUAUUUAAUUGAUUUAUUCCAGGAUGAGGUUGCUUCCAUCGGGAACAUCAUUUUCGAGCUGAGCAGCCAAAUACCAUAUGUUGGACGGCGCCACUCAGAGUACGUUCAAAUAAAGACAAGCUUAAUGAUCAUUUCAAUCAACAAUGGUUCUGGAUUUAAAAUGAGCUGUUGUGGAUUAUUUCGAAUCUCGACUACUGGUUUUGUCAGCUUGAUUGACAUCGUAUACUCAGUUCUUAUGUUUCUAAUCAAUGUUGGUUAAAUCAUUGCCAACAUAUAUCUCUGAGAAGUACAUGAUCAAUAUAAGUCUCAUAA